CUUAGCUGUCCUCAAUUUCAGAUAUUAACGCAGAUUCAUAGGCAACCAAAACAGUUCUUGAAGAAUAUUUAGUUUAAAUAGUUAUGUUUUAACCGUCUCUUUUGUGAAUCUGGCAGUCUCGAAACUUUGAUCGUUGCUUAGCAACAGUCGGAGUUUGGAUUCCAAAUAAACCUGUUUAUUUAUAUUUCAAAUAAUAGUAAUUUCAAUUAUUGAUUUAAAUGUGUAUAUUUUCUUUCUGUUGUAGUUUGUAAACUUAGUCUUCAUUAUGAAUCCCUAAAAACUUUACAUAUGGAAACCGAAACACAGCAAAAUAAGUUGUCACUCGUGAAGUAUAUUCCUCUUUCUAAAGAAAGAAACCUAGAGACUUUAAAUAAUCCUCAAACAUUUUGCGUGUGUUUGAAACAUGUUGAAGGUUUCCAUGAAAGUGCAAAUACUGACAGCUAUAGAAUACAAACUGUUCUGUUUGAUCAGAAAUAUGAAAGAUUCCUUGGUAGUUUUUGGUCAGGAAAGCCUGUUAUGACAAAAAAUUCUCUAUGUUUUUUAAAUCAAAAUUUUUACUUUUACACUUCUGUACCUGCCAAAGAACUUCUUCUUGUUAUUGAAAUUAUUUCUGAGUCUAAAGACAAUCAAUGUAAAACAUGCGGUUGGCUUUAUUUACUUCUUGAUGAAAUCGAAGACGAAGUUACUUAUAAAUUGCCAUUUAUAAAAGGAUCCUCUUCUUUUCUACUUCUUGAUGUAAUAGAAACUGAAAGAAAAGAUAUUAACUUUGCUGAUCAUACAACUGGAUUAGAAAUUUCAUUUUCAUUAUCUCCUCAGCAUAAUUUAUUGGAAAUUAGUCAUUUACUUCCUGAAAAUGUAUUGAUCGACCCUACUACGAAAAUUCCAGGUGUAUUGUCACAAAUUGAAGCUACGGAUGAUGAUGAGUAUGCUUAUCAACCUCAUCUUCAAAAAUGCAUAACCUUUGUAUUAGAGAGACUUUGUGUCAGAAUGCAGUCUCCUCUUAGUUUGUUUGAAGAUGAAAUAUUGCAGAAAGUUCAAGCUCAUUUGAGUGCAGUUAAACCAGAUGAAACUCUGUUAAGAACUCGUUUAAUACAACGAAGAUUACAAGUUGCUGUACAUAAUGGAUUUCAUUUUAUACAAGAACCUGAUUUUUACAAUCUUCUUAUUCCAACUGCUACAUCAAAUAAAACUCUUAGAAGAGCAUCCAGCUUAGGCUCAGUAAAUGUCAGUGGGGAAGAAAGAUUAGUUCUAAGGAGUGAUGUUAAAUUGCCAAAUAUUCCUGAUGAUCCCAAUAUCAAUAUUGUUUUUCUUCUUGAAUACAUAGUAGCUUUGGAAAAUUCUCAGGAAGUGCAAAUGUCUGCCACUUCAGUAACUAAAAAUCCUAUUUGCCAUAUGAUUAUUGCAUGGGGUUUCUGCAGUCUCAAAAUAUUGCUGAAAAACCCAUUUCAGUCUAUUGACUUGUCUUGUGAUCCUACUUUUGCUCCACAUAAAAUAAAAUUUUUAAGAACUGAAAAAGAUUUGAAACUCUCAUUUUCAGCCUCUUCAUUACUGAAGCAAAAGAAAAAUUCAAGUUUGUCAUCACCACCAUCAGAGCCGCAUGAACACGUUUAUAGUUCUCCAAGUAAAUCUGAUUCAUCUGUUGUAUCCUCUAAUGUACCCUUUUUAAAGCAUGUUUCAAAGUACAAAUCUGUUGCUGAUAUUCCAAUGUCAGUAGAACAUAGUAAUGGAAAGAAUUUUGAAAAAGUAAACUCAGUUUACAAAAAUGAUAAUAAUCUCUCUUUACAAGAAGUUGUAUUGGUGCCAUCAUCAUUACCACUGAUACCACCCCUCCUACUUUCAUUUCCUUUGCGUAAUGGAGUGCCGUCAGGAACUUUUAUUAAGCUCUACUGGGAUAAACUUCCAUCCAUUCUAGAUCAUCACGGAAAGCCUGCAUUUUUUAUUGACAAUCCAAUGAAGUAUAAAAUUGAUGCAGACAUUGAAUUGCAUUGUCAACCCCAGAAGAAUGAAUGCAUGCUUAAUUUUAUUGCCAUCUCUUGUUUAGAUGAAUAUGUAGAAAUACCUUGUGAAGUCUUUUUCACUUUUCAAUUUUACAGAUUUCUUCCAAUUAAAACAGAAAGUCUAGUUUUGAAGCAACUCUCUGACAAUGAAGAUUUAGGCCAAAAACAGUCUUUUGUAUUUACUUUACAUGGAAAACAAGACAAAGGAGACCAGAUGCCUGGUUUCAAUGUGACUUAUAAUUUAGAUCCAACAGAACUGAAUCCGGGGGAGUACAAAUCAUUCAUUAAUUAUCUAAUCCAUCACUCUCUUCAUGUUGAUUUAUGGAAUGCCCAAUCUUUAUUAUACUUUGGAACAGUAAUGCUGCCAUUGAAGUUUUUAUGUAGGCAAGGUAAGGAAGCUGUGUCAACAGUACUAGAAUUGGAUAUUGUUAAUUGUGAAUUUCUGGAUGAAAGUUUGGCACAAAAUUCAACUUCCAUUCGGAAAUCACUUGGUAAAUUACAUGUAAAUUUAGCCAGUAAAAGGCAUCCCCUGUCUUCUAAGGCACUCGAAAAUUAUGAAGAUAAAAAUUUGUAUUUGGAUUCUGCAAUUGUAUAUUCUAAUGGUAAAGGUCCAUCCGAAUCUCCUCGUCAUGUUAUUUCUAAAGCAAGACCGAUAGCUGAAACUGAUAAAGAACUGUCAAAGUUGCUAACAUCUAGACACAUGGUAAAUAAUUUGGAAAACAUGUCUCCGGAUCCUCAUGUGACGGAAGAAAGGCGGAGGAAGUUAGCCAGAAUGGAAAAUAUUAGAAAAUUAGAAAAAGGCGAUUCUUCUGAUGGAUCUACAAAUUCAGAGUUCCAUGGGAUACAUUUACUUAAAGAGAAACAAAGGAAUUUACUAAGCAUUGAAUCAUACAUUCAAAAGAAUAAAACAGAGAUCAUUCACUCUUUAUUGUGUAAAUCUGUUACUUCUGAGAAACUUAUUUUUCCCGUUAUUGGUAGUAAAGUAUUUUUUGAAUUUGUUAUUCAAAAUCCUUUUCCUGUUGCCAAGAAAAUAGAAAUUGUUUGGAAAUGCCCUGAACUUUCUCUUGUAGUUGAAAACAAGUUAUGGCAUAUCCUCAGAAGUAUGAAUAAUCUAUCACAAAACACAACUGUGUUGAAUUUUGUUGACACUGAGUCCAGUAAAUCAUCAAUAGUGCUACAGCCUGGUGAAAAAGUGCAUAUUCCUUUCACCUAUCAAUGUUUCACUGCCCCACCUACUCAACUAGAUUUAUUUAAAGCAGUUUCUGGUCAUCAUUUUACAUCUGAUGUAUUAUCUUCCACUCCAGCUCAUAAUAUUGUUCAAUCAUCUGUCAAAAUUCGUUUCAUGACUGAAGAACGCACACUACUAGCAGUUCUGAAUUUAAAAGUACAACCUCUUCCACCUUCAUUCACUCAUGUUUUCAAAUUUCUUUCCAUUGAGAAUUCAAUGUUUAAGAAAAGCAUACAGAUCAGCAGAGAUAAUAGCAUGAAUGAAAUUGAUUUACAAAUAUCUGAUUCUUCAGUGGUUUGUACGAUACAGAAGAAUGAAAGUAGUGAAAUGAAUGUCAAGAUACUUGUAAAAGCCCCAACAAAGUCAUCCGGAAAAUGUAGUGAAUUCUAUGUGUUUGUGUACAGUGAUGAAUUCCAGAUUGUGCCUUAUCAAACUUGGCGUGUCUCUCUUUGUGCUUUUCAAAGAAUUGAUUUAUCAUGUGUUGCUGGUCAGCUCAUGAGAUCUUCAUUGCUCAUAAGGGGUACACAUGCCACUAAUUUGGUUAGAUGCUUUUCAAGUUCUCAAGAUUUGUUGUUAGAUCCAAAUGAGGCUUUUAUUUUAUCUCCAUUUGCCGUGCAAGAAUUAUCCAUGAAUAUGAGAUCACUCAUACCUGGAAUAAAACAUUUUCAAAUUACUAUGGUUGACCAGUCUCAAGAACAAGUUGUUCAAACUUGGUUGCUUGUACUUUCAUGCCAAAAGCCUUCUGUUUCCAAAGCCUUUCAAAUUCACCUUUCUGUUGGAAAAGAGACUGCUAAGCGGAUUACUUACUCAAACCCAUAUCAUCAAACUCGGAGCUUCUUUUUAUAUUCUAGUCACCCUCAUAUGUUAAACUUGAGGGAAAGUGAAUUUUCAGUGCCUCCUGGCAAGAGUUAUUCAAUAGGACUAUAUUUUAUGCCUCAAGAUUAUAUCUUCACAGAAACCAUAUUUUUAUAUAUGAAUGACACCAGUGACAAAAAUGAAGAGACUUAUUGCAUAAAAGUUGUUUGUCAAUAAAGAUUCUAAUACUAUUUCAA